GCCACAAGGCACAAAUCCAGCAAAAACCCCACAACACUCAAUGUUGGAUACCAAAAAGAAGUGAAUGAUAGUGUCUGCUAUUGACUCUAGUGCUACUUUCUCCCCCUCUCUUAUAGCAGCACACAUUUUGUACUACCUGUAGAUGCUAAAAGAGAGACAGGUAUUAUGUAAUAAAACGAGUUUUUCGAAGAUCUGUCUCCAUCGGUUCUCCUCAACACCACAAUUUUCAUAAUCAUUCUGCUCAGAUUUUGAAGUGUGUAGGUCUUUCUCUCUCUCCUAACCAAAUCUUCAACAAAAAAAAUAUCAUACUUAAACCUCGUGUAAGAACGUGCUGCAUUUCUCAGCGUUAGAACAAAUUUUUAACCGCGAAACAAUAGCCGGAAAAAAAUUAUUUGAAGCCUAUAACACUCUCGUGCAUUUUGAUUUACGCGAGUGAUUGUUUCCCCUUUAUUGGUUUAUUGUUAACUUAAAAGAAAACAAGGCAUUGUAAUAUAAAUAAGACAAUAAUUGCAAUUAAUAACACCAACACAUUGCUGCAUAGGCAUAUUUUUCUUUUCCUGCCCAAAAAUAUAUGAAUGAAAAACUUAAAUUUGUGUGAUGUGCCGACAAAUUAGAAAGUGCAUUAUUGCUGACCACAUCGACCAAGUAAAAUUGUGACAAGUAAUUUUAGAGUUAUUUGUGGCUUUGGACCGGGGAGUGCCUCUGUAAUAAGUGCAAUAGAAUGCAAAAUUUGGAUUAUAUACUCACACAGAAUUGUCAUAGGGAUAGCUAGAGACGACAGCACCACCGUGCAAAUUGGCAGAGAGGACGAAGGCAGGUUGGUGUGAGCUCAAGUAAAAAUGCUGGCCGAUGAGGAGAAACCACCGUCAGUGGCUGAUAUCAAACGAAGUCUCUUUGAGCGGGGAUUGACGGAUCAUCAGCUCCUCAGAACAGUGCCAGAGAAGAGGACCUUAGUGUUGGAGAAGAAGCGACGAAGUCGGAGUUUCGGAGACAUUGUGGAUUUUGAUCAGCCCAAAGAAAUUCAGCGAAAUGCGAGUUUUCGCAUCCCGAAGCCAGUAAGUCUGCAGCAACAGAAGAAAGAUCUUCUUCUGGAGAUCAAAGUGCGUCUAGGAGCACGAAAAGAGCGACUAGAAGAUCCACCGAAGGAGGAAGAAGCGAAAAGUGAAAAGCUUGAAGAGGCGGAGGGUGAUAAAGAGGCCACUAAUGUGACAUCACCUGAGAUAAGAAAACGCUAUUCGCCAGUGUACACAAGAACACGGAGUAUUUGUCGGGCAUCCGACACUUCAUCCACAUACUCCAACAAUUGGCGAAACAGUGGCAAGGAGGAAAUGCAUGUGCCAGAGAAUACACCUGAACAAGUGCCAGAAGACUCCCAAGAACAGUCCAAUCAUGUUGUAAAACGAGAAUCAAAUAAUCCCGCCAGGAAGUCUGUGAAGAGUCUCUAUUCACCCAGUGAAUUUCCCCAUUUGGCGGGAUUUCAAUUUGAUGUGAUCAAGAGGAAUUCUUCAGUGCCAAGACUCUCAUCUCAUCGCAAUACUUACUCUGCCCAUCCCAGUCUGUAUUUUAUUGAAAUUGACGCUGGAAGUGAUUCGUCGGAUGUGGCCAAAUCCUCAUCAAAUGUCAAGAUCAAACGACACACAAGCCUCAGGCAGACAAUCAAGAAAAAACUUCAGAAGACUUUUAGUCAGCAUUCUGUACCAACAACCCUGGAAAAUGCCCAGAAAUCCCCUGGAACAAAUAUACCACAAUUUGUGGUGUCUUGCAUUGAGACACUCACGAAGAAGGAUCUUCUCAAAACAGAAGGUAUCUACAGAUCAUCACCAUCCCAAAUGGAAAUACGACGAGUUAUGAAACAGACACAAAAGGGCAACUUUAAAAUCCUCGAGGAGCUCAGUGAUCCUGCCCUUUUGGCAGGACUCCUCAAAAAUUUCUUUUUCACCAUGAAAGAGCAUUUAAUCAGUGAACAAACCUUCGAGAGACACUUUUCAACCCACACAGAAGAUUUCCCAAGAGAUUUCCUGAUUGAGGAAGAAUAUGUGGAUCGCCUGAAGGUUCUAAUAUUAGAUUUGGAUGACAUUGCAUACGAUACACUGUCCUAUUUGAUGAAGCACCUCAAAGAUGUGGAGGAUCAGAGUGAGAGUAAUCUGAUGAAAGCAUCGAAUUUAGGUGUUGUCUUCUCACCCUGCCUCUUCACCAACAGCGAAAAGAAUUCAAGCACAAUGAAUGUGGAGCUACUGAACUGUAUGGGAAUCCAGACUAAAGUCACGGAGUUGAUGAUUGUCAACUUUGAGGAGUUAUUUGGCGAAGGAACCACCCGAAGUCUCCCUGAGAGUCCAGUGGACAUCCCGUCGUCAGUGUCUGUUUCAAGGAGAAAUUCCGAGAAGGUCAAUGGUGAAGCUGCUCAGAAGAAGCGCGAAAAAAUCAAGGCAAAGAGGAUACGCAGCAAAACUGCUUGUGUUCUAAGUUGAUAUUUUUUUCACCAUGAACAAAUCUGUAAGAAUUCACUGUACAUAGCAUAAUGGUUCAAUUACAUUAGCAAAAUGUGAA